AUGCACGAAGCACUCUUUAGAGGGAAACAGGAGGAGAAGAGUAAGGUAUCUCAGCAGAUGGAGGCACAACCAACACAGGAGGAGGAUGCAAGAAAGGAUGUGACCCACAGGAGCAGAAGAAAAGCCAAGCCGAAAGCUCCUCUGCCUCCAUCUGAACGAAAAAGUGCUGAGUUUUCUUCCUUCAAUGAUUCAGAACUAACUAACUUCACCAUGGAACAGAAAGAGAAUAUCAUUGACAGAGACAUUGAGCUGUCUGUGGUGCUUCCAGGAGAUGUGAUCAAGACUACUUCUGUAAAUGGCAGCAAACCAAUGAUGGAUUUACUAAUAUACCUUUGUGCAAAAUACCGUUUAAAUCCUGCAAGCCAUACUAUAGACUUGAGGACAGCGGAGAAAAAAUCGAUCAAAUUCCAGCCAAACACACCCAUUGGAAUGCUUGAAGUAGACAAAGUGAUUCUAAAGCCAAAACAGAUGGAUAAGAAGAAGCCCACUCCUAUCAUUCCAGAGCAAACUGUGAGGGUGGUAAUUAAUUACAAAAAGACCCAGAAGACUAUUGUCAGAGUUAGCCCUCAUGCACCACUUCAAGAGCUCAUGCCAGUCAUCUGUAGCAAAUGUGACUUUGAUCCUUUACAUACCAUGUUGCUGAAAAGUUACCAAUCUCAGGAUGCUCUUGACUUGGAAAAGUCGCUGAAUGACCUUGGACUCAGAGAAUUGUAUGCUAUGGAUGUCAGCCGAGUCACACCAACUUCUGAAUUCCAUUUGUCAUCUUUACAAGACGCUUGUCAAAACUCUCAGAAUUUGGACAUUUUGAAGGAGAAAGAAAAUAAAGGGUUCUUCAGCUUUUUUCAGCGAAGUAAGAAGAAAAGAGAACAAACUGCCAGUGCUCCUGCAACUCCAUUGAUGAGUAAACCAAGGCAAACCUUUUUAAUAAGGUCCAGCACAGUUUCCAAACAAUAUGACUCAAAUACCAUCCCAUCAGAAAUGCCAAAAAAGCGACGUGCGCCCUUGCCUCCGAUGCCUCCGAUGCCGGCUUCUCAAAGUGCUCCCCAGGAUCUCUCACAAGCCCAGCACAGACCUGCAUCUUGUGUUGUGAAAUCUAGCAGUGUGGAGGAAACUGAUAAGGGGCUUUCAACAAUAGGAAGAGUGAGAACAGGUUCUCUUCAGCUGAGCGGCACGUCCUCUGUUAAUUCUUCCUUGAGACGGGCAAAGCGCAAAGCACCAUCCCCACCUUCCACAAAAGGCCAGAGUGACAACAGCAUCAUGACAGGAUCAGAUUCAGCAGAAUCAGUUCAGACAGAAGGAACUUUCAGAGGAAGACAUUCAGAAGUACCCUCUCCAACAGACAAAGUAGUUGAGCUAACCGGAACUUCAGCGCCACCCUCUGCCACGGGCUGCUUUGGGCCAGCCAGUCCUGAUCAAAACAGUGGGCACCAAACUUCAGAUACAGCUAAAGUUUGGGGUAACGCUGAUAUCCCUGAUGAAACUGAAGUGUUUCUUAAAUCUGACAUGGACUCUGAAUUUAGCCUUGAGGAGAUUGAUGAGAAGGAGGAGAUGCAUGAAGAGAGCACUGAUUCCUUUCUCAAGAUUCAAGAGGUUUUGACCCCCGGAACUGCUUCUGAUGUACCAUUCAGUCCUGGAAAAAACGAGUCUGCUUCAUUGGCAGCUUCAGAUUCUGAUAUUGCCACUAAAGGUGAUGGGCAAAUCUCCAGGGAAGAAAAAAAUGAAGAUACAACUGCAUAUGACAAAGCUCAGCACAGCCAGAGAGUGCGUGGGGAAGCUUCACAUGAGAAUGACAAAGCAUUGGAAGCACUGUGGCCCAACCAAAACAAUGAAAUAGGUCAAGAGGGUUCAAAACACUUUCCAGUGAUGACAGAAGAAAGCAAGAUUGACAUGGAAGAUAACAACAUGCUUGGAGCAGAAAGUUUCUCAAACUGCCAAACUUAUAAAAGUAAUGUCGAUCAGGAGCACAAUCCACAAGCACUUUUAGGGGGUCUGGAACAGUCCAACUUGGAGCCAGUAAAGACUCAAGAUAUUGCAAUUCAGACAACCCCACCUGCUGAUGGUUUUGUUCAGACUGAAUUGUGUGAGAGUACUGAUCCUCAGGGUAAUAAACAAAGCACUCACAAAGCGCUCCAUAUGCACAGUUCAGCUCUGGAGAAUCAACCCUCAGAGUUCAUACACAGGGUGCGCAAGAGUGUAGGAACUUUGACAGAGUUCAGCUAUCUGAAGAAACAAGCUAUGCAUGACACAGAAAAUCCCAGUGGCAAUCAAAAUGAUGUUUGUGCAAAUGAGGAUAACAUCCCACCACAGCGAGUUGUCCAAAGUCCUGUUACUUCUCCUACAAGGGGUUACCCGCUUUAUCAACAACACUCAAGCCCAAAGCCAAAGCCUUCUAAUGAGAUUACAAGAGACUAUAUACCCAAAAUUGGAAUGACUACCUAUAAAAUAGUGCCUCUGCCUCCAAAAUCUCUGGAAGUACUGAAUAGUUGGGAAUCAGACACAGUUGGGGAUCAGGAAGCAGCCUGUUUGCAUAUGUCUCCUAAGAAUGAGAAUUCCCAACAGUUUGGUACACAACCAGAAGUUUGCAAUACCUCAAAUCAAACAGGGCCUGAGCUAAGACAUGAAAUUGAGUUGCCGGAGAAUGAUCUCCUUCAUAAAACAUGCAGUGUUGGUGAUAAUGCCGUAGUUUCUCUCUCUAAUACCCAAGGCAAGAAAACAGGAGCAGAACAUUCCAAACCUAUUCCAGAUCAUGUAAUUGCUCCAUUGGUGCUAAGCACAGAAAAUAAAAGCUUUUCACCACCCGCAGUGCUUGAAAAACCAAGUAAAUUAAGUCCUACAGCAAAGCCAAGCACUUUUUAUUUGCAGAUGCAAAAGAGGGCAUCUACUCAUUACGUAACAUCGGCAAUUGCAAGAAGUAGUUCUGUUAGUAGCAUUACUCAAAAUGAAACUAAAGGUACGGUGGCAGAAAAGAAACCAGCGUCGCCAGAUCAGACAUCUUUUCCGUUUCCUAGAACAGUUAGUGUUCCUUCUCAGUCCGUUGAGGAAAAGGCCGAAAAUGGUCCCAAUGAGAACAAAACAGAAGUCUCCACUUCUCCCGUAAAACUGUCCACGCCUCUGAAUUCUCCCCCUGCCCAGCCUCCCUCAGUCAAGCUUAGAACUAUUAGGACCUUUCUUGUGCCACAGCCAUAUUCUAAGUCUAGGCCCUCCCCUUUUGCUCUUGCUGUAUCAUCAGCCGUUAAGAGAUCACAGUCAUUCAGUAACACAUGCACCAGUCCAAGCGGGUCCUUACAAGAGCAGUCCUCUUUUGACCUUCCUUCACCACCACCCGACGCUGAGAUAAAGAACCAUUCUCCUUUGCAAAGCCCAGUGAGCGAGUCACAGCGGAGCAUGGCAGAGAAGGACAACAGUUGUGCAAGCAGCGAGCAAAACCGACCGGCUCCCUCUUUAUCUGGCCCCCCAACAACUACUGUCUUUGAGAAAAGCACUGCGGUGACACACCAACGCCCUGACCCAGAACAGCUCCACCAGAGCUUGCUGGCUGCCAUCCGCUCUGGAGAAGCUGCUGCCAAAUUGAGAAGGGUUGGUCCUCCGUUAAAUACAGUUGCCAUCAAUGGGAGAUCCAGUCUUGAUUCGUCAGUGGCCAUAGAAGCAAAAUACAAUAAUCACUAGGAUUCCAUGCCAAAUACUUUGCACUUUAAUCACCACUUCUUAGACCUACUUCAAAGAUAACUGCGUAUUGCUGAAGAGUAUUUGUAAAUGCAGAGUUGUG